AGUACGGAUUAAGUGGCUGAAGAAAGAGGAGCGAGACAGGGGACUUGGGCAGGCAGACGCGCCGCGCGCCCGGGACUCCUCUGCGCGAUCGGUAAUCGUCCGAUCCGAGUGGACCCCGCCCUCUCUGCAGCAUGCACCCCGCCUGCUAAAGUCGCCCCGGUGUCGCCCUCACCUAAGCGUGGCGGAUCCCGCCUGGAUGGAGUGCCCCCUGGGUUCCCAUUGGCUCCUGUGAGUGCUUGGGUGUCGGGAGCCUGUGUUUGGCGAGGGGAACCAACUUUUGAAGUUCACCCAGAAGACUGCGUUCCAGCGCCAGCUCCCAGGCAGCGGGACCCGGCGGAGGCGCGAUCGCGGCGCGAGUCACCAUGGGAAGCAAAGGUGCCUACCGGUACCACUGGCACAGCCACAAUGUGAAGCACAGCGGCGUGGACGACAUGGUGCUGCUGUCCAAGAUCACAGAGAGCUCCAUCGUGGAGAACCUGAAGAAGAGAUACAUGGAUGACUACAUCUUUACAUACAUAGGGUCUGUAUUAAUCUCCGUCAACCCUUUCAAGCAGAUGCCGUACUUUGGGGAGAAGGAAAUUGAAAUGUACCAAGGAGCGGCACAGUAUGAAAACCCGCCACACAUCUAUGCUCUUGCAGACAAUAUGUACAGAAACAUGGUCAUCGACAGGGAGAACCAGUGCGUCAUCAUCAGUGGUGAGAGUGGUGCUGGAAAGACGGUGGCUGCCAAGUACAUCAUGAGUUACAUCUCCAGAGUGUCUGGAGGUGGCCCCAAAGUUCAGCACGUGAAGGACAUCAUCCUGCAGUCCAACCCACUGCUGGAGGCCUUUGGAAAUGCCAAGACCGUCCGAAAUAACAACUCCAGCCGAUUUGGAAAAUACUUUGAAAUCCAGUUCAGUCCAGGUGGGGAACCAGAUGGUGGAAAGAUCUCCAACUUCCUUCUGGAGAAGUCAAGAGUGGUGAUGAGGAACCCUGGAGAACGGAGUUUUCACAUAUUUUACCAGCUCAUCGAGGGCGCCUCUGCAGAGCAGAAGCACACCUUGGGCAUCACCAGCAUGGACUAUUAUUACUACUUGAGCCUCUCUGGGUCAUAUAAGGUCGAUGACAUUGACGACAAGCGGGAGUUUCAGGAAACCCUGCAUGCCAUGAAUGUGAUCGGGAUCUUUGCAGAAGAGCAGACGCUGGUGUUACAGAUCGUAGCGGGAAUUCUCCACAUGGGAAACAUCAGCUUCAAAGAAGUGGGCAAUUACGCCGCCGUGGAGAGUGAAGAGUUUUUGGCUUUUCCUGCAUAUCUGCUGGGGAUAAACCAGGACCGGUUGAAAGAGAAGCUAACGAGCCGGCAGAUGGACAGCAAGUGGGGAGGCAAAUCAGAGUCCAUCCACGUGACCCUCAAUGUGGAGCAGGCCUGUUACACCAGAGAUGCACUGGCCAAGGCCCUACAUGCCCGUGUCUUUGAUUUCUUAGUAGAUUCCAUCAAUAAAGCCAUGGAGAAGGACCACGAAGAGUACAACAUUGGGGUCCUGGACAUCUACGGCUUUGAAAUAUUCCAGAAAAAUGGCUUUGAGCAGUUUUGCAUCAAUUUUGUUAAUGAGAAGCUACAGCAGAUUUUUAUUGAGCUGACAUUAAAGGCGGAACAGGAAGAAUACGUUCAAGAAGGAAUAAGGUGGACACCCAUUGAGUAUUUUAAUAACAAAAUCGUGUGUGACCUCAUAGAAAACAAAGUUAACCCUCCUGGGAUCAUGAGCAUCCUGGAUGAUGUGUGUGCCACCAUGCACGCCGUGGGUGAGGGAGCCGAUCAGACACUGCUCCAGAAACUCCAGAUGCAGAUUGGAAGCCACGAGCACUUCAACAGCUGGAACCAAGGCUUCAUUAUUCACCACUAUGCUGGGAAGGUAUCCUAUGACAUGGAUGGCUUUUGUGAAAGAAACCGUGAUGUACUCUUCACAGAUCUCAUCGAACUCAUGCAGACCAGCGAGCUACCUUUUAUACAGUCUCUAUUUCCUGAGAACCUGCAAGCUGACAAGAAAGGGCGCCCAACAACUGCGGGAAGCAAAAUAAAGAAACAAGCCAAUGACCUUGUGAGCACUCUGAUGAAAUGUACACCCCACUACAUUCGCUGCAUAAAACCAAAUGAAACCAAGAAGCCCAAAGACUGGGAGGAGAGCAGGGUGAAGCAUCAAGUAGAGUAUCUGGGUCUGAAGGAAAACAUCCGAGUGAGGAGAGCUGGGUAUGCCUAUCGGCGCAUCUUCCAGAAAUUCCUACAGAGGUAUGCCAUUCUGACCACCACCUGGCCUGUGUGGAGAGGAGACGAGAAACAAGGCGUCCUCCACCUGCUGCAGUCCGUCAACAUGGACAGUGACCAGUUUCAGUUGGGAAAGAACAAAGUCUUCAUCAAAGCCCCCGAGUCUCUAUUCCUUCUAGAAGAAAUGAGAGAGAGAAAGUAUGACGGGUAUGCUCGAGUGAUCCAGAAAACAUGGAGAAAGUUCGUGGCCAGGAAGAAAUAUGUCCAAAUGAGAGAAGAAGCCUCCGACCUGUUGCUGAACAAGAAGGAGAGACGGCGGAACAGCAUCAACCGCAACUUCAUCGGUGACUACAUCGGGAUGGAAGAGCACCCCGAGCUACAGCAGUUUGUGGGCAAGAGGGAGAAGAUUGACUUUGCAGACACGGUCACCAAGUAUGACCGGAGGUUCAAGGGUGUCAAGAGAGACCUGCUUCUCACCCCCAAGUGUGUGUACUUAAUCGGACGAGAAAAGGUGAAACAAGGCCCAGACAAAGGUCUCGUGAAGGAAGUCCUGAAGCGGAGAAUCGAGAUGGAGAGGGUCCUGUCUGUGUCCCUCAGUACCAUGCAGGACGACAUUUUUAUUCUCCAUGAGCAAGAGUAUGACAGUUUGCUUGAAUCUGUCUUCAAAACUGAGUUCUUAAGCCUCUUAGCAAAGCGUUAUGAAGAGAAAACCCAGAAGCAACUACCUCUGAAAUUCAGCAAUACGCUUGAAUUGAAGUUGAAAAAGGAAAACUGGGGUCCUUGGAGUGCAGGGGGCUCCCGGCAAGUGCAAUUCCACCAAGGCUUUGGUGACCAGGCCAUCCUCAAGCCCAGUAACAAAGUGCUGCAGGUCAGCAUUGGACCCGGGCUGCCCAAAAACUCCCGCCCUACCAGAAGGAACACCAUCCAAAGCAGGGGGCAUUCCCUCGGGACUCAAAAUGCCAGCUACCCCAUGAGAGCUGCCCCUCCCCCGCCAGGAUACCAUCAGAAUGGCGUCAUCAAAAGCCAGUUUGCGCCACCUCUCCAUGCUGCUGGGAACCAGAGGUCCGGUCAGAAAAGCCUGUACACCUCCAUGGUCCGCCCACCCUUGCCACGGCAACAGUCCACAGGCUCAGACCGAGUGUCCCGGACGCCAGAGAGCUUAGAUUUCCUCAAGGUCCCAGACCAGGGUGCUGCAGGGGUCCGGAGACAGACGACCAGUCGGCCAACUCCAGCAGGGGGUAGACCAAAGCCCCAGCCCAAGCCUAAGCCUCAGGUGCCACAGUGCAAAGCUUUGUAUGCCUAUGAUGCUCAGGACACCGAUGAACUCAGCUUCAAUGCCAACGACAUUAUCGACAUUAUCAAAGAAGAUCCUUCGGGCUGGUGGACUGGUCGACUACGAGGCAAACAGGGCCUGUUCCCCAACAACUACGUGACCAAGAUCUGAGGCUCAGAGUCGGACAUGUGGGGCAGAGGAGCUCCAGGCACAGACUGGGGAGGGGGACAUUUGGGGACUCCCCCUCUGACCCACAGUGAGCAAUUGCUUAUCCAAGGCCUGGAGCUAUUUUGGCACCUUCCCCCUUUGGAGGACACUGACAACUCUGGGUUAGGGACAAGGAGUGUCACUCCAUAAAUGAUCCUAAAAGGUAGCGUGUUCAUAGGAACCCAGGAGGGCAAGACAACCACCCACUAAGAUUUAUUUAUUGUAUUUAUACCUGGUGAGAGGACUGCUCAGACCUUGUUGGCUCCCAUCCACAUAGCAGCACACUUGCUCACCAGGCCCAGGGAGUGGCUGUUGGUGACCCUGGAAAGUGCCUUUAAUCAAAGAGCACAUUUCUUUUGUUCCUCUUUUCCAAACCUGACACAUUCCUCUCUACCACCUUCCUUCAGGGAGGACAUGCCCUCUGCAGGCUGGGCUUGGCGUGAAUGGGAACCCACUGUGCCAAGGCCAAGGGUAGGCUGACCUUCUGAGCCCACAGGUCAGGGUUGCUGGCUUGCCCAUGCCAGGACUGCCAACAGGGAAGGGGCAGGGCACUGGGCUGUCAGCCUGGUUUUCUCUGAGUCUUCAGUUGGAAUGUGGCUGGCCCAUGUUGGUUUUGUUUAAUGCUGUACUUAUUACAAGAAGGAUCUCUUUUUUUUUUUCAAGCUGUACAUUUAUAAAUCAGAUCAUAUACUGUAUAUAUAAAAAAACUCAAGAUGGUAGAAGCAUGUAUGAAUGUACUAAGUAGCAUUCCACUGUACUCAUUCAUAAAGGUAGAUUUUAUUACAAAACUCACACCAGGUACUUACAGACGUGCCCUCUCCUUUGCACCUACAGAAACUGUCAUUGCUUUCCAGCUCAGUCCCCUCAACCCUUUUCCUACAGGUAAUUUUCCUGUGAGUCCUCCCCCUCCCUCCCCACCCCAC